AAUGACAAAGAUACAACUUAUACUUUUUCUACUGGGCGCUAUCGGCUCAGGAGUUUCUGGAAAUUUCGACAUAUUCGACUUAUAUUUACAGAAGACUUUUGGACCAGGGGAAGGAGUAUAUGAAUAUGAAUUUAGUGAUCAGAUUCCAUUUAAUCAAAAUUCUCCGGAGUACAAAAAUAAUCAAAAUUCUGGUAAUAUUGGGGCCAGUGUUGGAGGAGGGUAUCCAGGAAAUGCAGCCAUUUCCGGUCAACCUGGUAAACCAGGUCGACCUGGCAUUCCAGGACAAGAUGGAGGUCCUGGACAACCUGGUGGUGCAGGGCAGCCUGGCAGUCCAGGAGAACCUGGUGGUCCAGGGCAACCUGGCAGUCCAGGACAGCUUGGUGGUGCAGGAGGAGCGGGUGGAGCCGGUGGAGCUGGAGGGGCUGGAGGAUAUGGAGGGGCAGGAGGUGGACAAAAUGGAUACAAUCCAUAUCAAGGAUACAAUUAUCCAUACUAUUAUCCAUCUUAUCCAGGCUACCCACCAUACCCUGGUUACAAUUAUGGAAACUAUCCACAAGUUGAAACAGCACCUGCAAUUGUACCAUUGCAAUCAGCACCAACUUCUCAGUCGGUUCAAGCACCUGAAUCGACAAAAGUUCCUCUGUCAGAUCCAGUACCGUAGUCAAUGCCAGAGUCAUCAAACCAAGGUUACUUCUAUUAUCAGCACCUUCAAUACUGCACCUUAAUUGCUUCUAACACCUUUUGCACAACUCUGCACCAAUAAUUGCUUCUAAUUUUAAUCAGAAUUUCAAAUAUUAAUUAUAAUUAAAUAAAAUGACAAUCUUUUCUGUACUGACUUCAGUUGAACAGGCUUUCGUAAAUGCUAUUAAAUUGUGCUUAAAAAUUAUUGCAUGGAUGAAUUACAAAAAAUUACAUGAAAUAAGAGAAUAUAUCUUAAAUGAUUUCGCUUGUAUUUUAAUAAUUAUAUAAGUUUGAGUUUUUAAGCUUAUUUGCGUACAAACAGUUUAGUAUAUGUUGCGCUGUUGCAUGUUAAUGAUAAUCCUUGUAGUGUUUGGAAAAUAAAAUAAAUAUUGCAUACUUUAAAAGAAUAUUUCGACUAAGAAUGGCUUUCAUUUUGUUGAUUAACAUUUAAGAAACAUAGACUUGUAAAACAUUCGUGAGAAUGUUAAGAAAGUACAUAACCAGAAUACAAAAUUAUGUUUGUGUAUUUUAGAAUGUUUAAAAUUAACCACUUUCAUUCAAAAUCUACAAUACAAAGUUAAAUUCUUGAAACUCACCUACCGAGUAUGCAUCGCUUUUACCAGAUUUAUGAGUCACUCAAAUUUGAAAUCUAUUUUGACAUUUAUUCUUCUUCGGCAAGAGUUGUUUAUGAUAAAGUUUUCGUUGAAAUUUAUUACCUCAUGAACUUGUCAGAUUAUGUAUAUUAUAUACCAUAAUUUUUUCUGAGUCUAUCCCGUUACAUA